GUGCCGCCAUAUUGUUAUAAAUAUUAGUAGGCUUUAUUUAGCAUACAGGGUAUUAUUUUCACAUUAAAUGGAAAGAAGUUAAUAUCAUUCUUAAAAUUAUAUCAGAUAUGUCGACCUUAAAUCAAGGAAGAAAUGAGAUAAGAUUUAAUAACUCGGGGGGUCGCUGUUUACUAGAAAAUUGGGUCGAAGAGAGAAAUGUAGCCCAUUUAGACCCUGCUGGUGGCGGUGCAGAUGUCACAAGUUUAGCACAAGUAUUCAAACAUGGUCAUAAUGGGGUGCUUUCUACAGAGUUUGAUGCCAAAGCAGAAAACCUUACCACUGUACGAGAGUCAUACAGGCCACCAACCAAACCAGGAGUCAGACAAGUUGGAAAGAAACAUGAACUAUUAGAACAAAUGUUUUUUGAACAAGUGAGCAAAGAGGUCCAUGAAGAUUUCAACCCACCUCCUCCGCAGCCUGAUUAUCUGUCAGUGACAACAAAGGAUUUUUCUAAGGAAUUUGAAUCUAUAAAACCAGCACCUACACAGCCACAUGACUUGACCAGAGAACAGCCAGUGACAUUCUGGACAGAACAUGUAGACAAACUUCAUGGAGUAUCACAAAUCAAAACAAAAGACACACCAUUUAGGAAAAAUGCAGCUUUUAGUAAGCCUAUUGACGAAUACAUGGACCAGCCACAGCCAUAUGAACUAGAAAACUAUCCAAAGAUGUGAAAAUUCUUUGUCAGACUGAAGUGACCAGGAUUACCAAAAAUAAUUUUAUGGCAUCAUAAAUAUGGAACAUGGACAGAGAUGAUAUCAGAUGAUGACAAUCCUAUUUUAGUUUGUCAUAAAAAUAUUUCUAAGUUGGUUUCUGCAUAUUGUAUUUUGUUAUCUACAAUGAGAGGCGGUUAAAGAUUUAUUCACUGAAUGCUUUUUGAAACUUUUUUGUAUGCAACUUGUACUGUAACAGUAUCCAGAUAAACUAAAAGCUAUCAAAGCAAUGGAGUGCAUUAAUUUUAACGGGCAUUUAUGUCUAUGUGAUUCAAAUAUUUUGUGACAGGCUCAACUUUAGGCUGUGUAUUGCAUAACCUGUAACUUUUUUUGCCUGUCAAGCAUGUAUGAAUGAAUUAUUUAUUGAUGGACACAAGAAAUAUAUAUACAACUAUUUUUUCAAUAUAAACAUUUUCUUUCA